AUGAACACUGCGAGCGACCAUAGCCUACUAGAAUACCGAAUUAGCCCCGGAGGCCUUUGUCGGGCGCUCACGACUCCCAUCGAAACACGCGGUGAGAUGAGAGAGUUUUUGACCGAAGAAGCACAACAGAAAGCUUCGCCCAGUCAAAACCCCAAGAACAACACAGAUCAGAAACCUGAUGCAGACGAGAAUGAGAUUCAAAAAGGCAGGAAAGCUGACGUCGCCGCCAACGACGAUGAAAAUCGAAGUUCUGAAGAAGAGUCUAGCACGGGCGAAAAAGAGCAACUCAUGAUCAAACUGAAGUACAAGAGCAAAACCAUUACAGCCUCCCCGCCAGAUCACCCAACUCUCGCCGAUACCCUUCCCAGUGGUCCGAACUUGGGUGCGACAUUGGGAGAAACCUCCAAUCCUUCCAAUGAAAGUACCGUCGUCAAGCAAAAGCCUGAAGACUAUGGACAUGUUUCAUUCUCAGAUUCGAACGCGAUCGACCCGCAGAUCAAGAUCGAGAAGAACAGCAACGAUCAAGCUUUGGCCAUGAAGCCCCUGGAUGAACUUGAAGAAGAGACGUGUCAAGUCAAAACCAUUGAGGGUGUCCCUGAGCAUGACGCGCAUCAACAGAUUGAUCGUCUCAGGCAAGGUCUGGUUGGAGAUGAUAUGAAUGUUGACAUUCAGCGUGAUGGCGAUGCGAUGUAUGUUCUAGUCAACGACGACGUCUUCAACGAACCCUCGAAUACCGCUGACGCCCAGGCUGCUGCACCUGAAACUGAGAAGAUGCAAAAACCUGGGCUCGUUGAAAAGCGUCGUGUCAAUGACAUCGACGUUGACUAUCAGCGAAGUAAAAGUGCCUUGCCGGAGACUGCUCGUAGCGCGAACGCAGCAUUUGCUGACGGAGACUGUAUAUCAGAUAAGGUCGUGUCAGAUGAGAUGUAUUUGGAUGAGUGGCUCCCCAACGCUAUGAACCAAUCUGAUGACAUUUGUGAAGCUGGCGGAUCCCAGCAAGGUCAAGACCAUCGAGAGAUCGAUCAUCAAAUCGGAUCACCAGGUCUCUCAGGUAAUGAGAUGAACCUACAGCAACAAGGCCAAGACGAACAACUCCCUCAGACCUCCAAUACUGGGCUACCAGACGUCGACGUCCAACAUAUAUGGAGUCAGCCUCACCCAGACUUUUUGGAUCCAGUUCAUUUUACCAACAAGUCCGCUUCACCUCAUUACCGGAACGCACCUGUCUCGACUCCCACAGUUACCUUGAAAGACUUUACGCAGUACCAGACACCGCCACCUCGACAUUUGUCACAGCAGCCUUUCGGUCAAUACAACCAACCCAACUUCGAUCCUGGCUUUGGUCGCCAACAGCAGCUUCAAGCAUUGGCCGAGGAGAAGAAGAGACAGCUAGAGAAACUUGGAAGACUGGAUGACGAGCGGCCGCAACAAUUCCAACAGUCACCUUUUGAGUUUGGCUUUCCUCGGAGCCAAUUGAACACACCUCCGCCGUAUGUUAUGGGACCUCUAACUUACCAACGCGCACCCCAAACCGGCAACCAGCAGUUUUCUCGUGGAAAGGAUAGCCUAAGCUUUCAACAACCGGACCUGCCCGCUAUGUCUUACAGUCGGAUGCCACAGGACAUGUCGUACGGCUUCAAUCAGGCAUCAUUACACGAGAGAACGGGAAGUGCUCCAGUGCCUCCCAGCUCGAACAACUGGAAGCCAGGACUGUAUGUCUCUCAAGGUUUUGAAGAGGCGCGAAAGCGCGUCUCUGAGGAACGUGAUUGUGGCAACGAAGGUGACGCAUCUGAUGACGAUGAGCCUCUUCGGACCCGGGUGAAACGUCACCCAUCGGUUACGAGCAGUCGGAACUCUGUCAUCGGCAUGUCACCUCCGUCUACAAAUGCCAAUCGCUUUUCUCGGCACCCGCAACCUGACGAUGACUCUGAUAUUGAGUUCGUCGCAAGCAAGGCCAAGCCAAAUCAUACAACACCCAAAGUUGAACAGAAACAAGUAAACAAACAUCUCCCUCAGCCCAGUUCAUGCUCUUCCACAUCCGCUAAUAACGCCUCACCGUCUCCCGCCAACAGCGAAGCUAUCGACUGGACCCUUCCCCAAUACGAAAUCCAACGCCAACCCCUCCUCAAAGGCGAAGAAAUCCCCAGCGCAAAAGUCUCCCUGCCCGGCCUAGUCCGCGAAGAGCUCCUCCUCUCCCCAGACCACGCCGACGAAGAAGUCCACUUGCUGAUGAACAUCUUCAUCCCGAACCAACGCGCCCUUUCGAACCCCGACCCCGAACCCGCCAUCGCCGUCCUAAACUUCCACACCAUUGCCGUCAUGGUCAUAGAAGCAUACGUGCAAUACGAAAUCGGCGAUGAAUUCGGCACUGGACGUGGUCACUUCCACACUGAGCACGAACGCGGCGAGGCAGAAUACGAACGUGUGCGCCAAGCUGUUGAUGCGGAUACCAACGAGAUUUUCUUUGCAGUGGUGGAUCGGUAUAGGGCGGGCUUGGAGAGCAAGAAGAAGUCGUUGCAGCUUAUUAGGGGCACACAGGAGUUUUGUGAUGUCGCGCUUGAUGUGAUCUAUCAUAUCAAGGAACAUGGAUUACUCAGGCCGGAGCCGAAAGUGAGAGCUGUGAGGGCGGAUAAGGGGGUCAAGAGGGGACCCAGGGGUGGCAUGGUAGCUGAGGGAAAGGGAGCAGGUAAGGGGACUAAGAGGGGUACGACGGCGAAGCCAAAUGAGGUGCAGCCGAGGAAGAAGGCAAAGAAUGCUGCGGCGGCGGUGGAGGUUAAGAAGAAGAGGGCUAAGCCCAAGACGCUAGGAGUUACGGUUGUGAAGAGGUGA